CAGAAUAGAGAGUUUCUUUCCUGUUUGAUCCACUAAUGUGAUCAAUAGCAGACACAAUAAAAAGAAUUAAUGCUCAGCCGUUGUGAAAAAGUCAAAGGUCUGUUUGUUUUAAGUACCGGGACGCUCGGGUUUGACGUCAAGAUAGCAGCUGAAACUAAUGCGUGAGGGAAUAGACUCCGCCUUUUCCCCGGUAAACACCGAUUUCAUUUUCCAACUCAACCAAAAGUUGAAAUUGAAAGAACGCAUUGCGUCGAGCCACGCCAUUGGCUGCGAGUACAGAUCAUAACAUUUUCAAUAGGCCGCCAUAUUAGGAAGCCAACCCCCUCUUUCAUUCGGUUAAAAAAGGGAGGAUAGCCUUCCAAGACUGUUUUUAAGAUUACUAUUUGUUGUUGAGCGCUUGAAACUGAACCGACACACUUUCACAGCCAGUUGGUUUGCUCCGUUUCGGUUACCGUAUUUCACACGACUUUUUAAGCCACUCUUUUAACAAUGGCGACCGCGGCUGCAACUCCGACCGGCCAAAGAGGCACGUGCGGCAGCAGGACACCGCUGAGCCCGACCAGGAUAACCAGACUGCAGGAGAAACAACAGCUCAGGGACCUCAACGACCGCCUGGCCGUUUACAUUGAUAAAGUCCGCAGUUUGGAGUCAGAAAACGACAUCCUCCACCUGCAGAUUAGCGAGAAGGAAGAGGUCCGGAGCCGGGAGCUGACCGGGCUGAAAGCCUUGUACGAGACGGAGCUAGCCGACGCCAGAAGGUCUUUGGAUGAUUCCUCCAAGGAGCGGGCCUGGCUCCAGAUCGAGCUGGGAAAGAUCAAAUCCGACCACGAGCAGCUGCUGCAGAGCUACAACAAGAGGGACUCAGAAGCUGCAGGAGCUCAGGCCAGGCUAAAGGACCUGGAGGCUCAGCUGAACUCCAAAGAAGCCAUGUUGGCUACAGCGCUAUCUGAGAAGAGGGGCCUGGAAGCCAUGCUGGCCGAACUGAAUGAGCAGCUUCAGGAGUUGGAUACAAGUCUUGCUCAGGCCAAGAAGCACCUUGCAGAUGAGAUGCUGAAGCGUGUUGAUGUGGAAAACCGCUGCCAGAGUCUGACAGAAGACAUAGACUUCCGUAAGAGCAUACAUGAAGAGGAAGUGAAGGAGGCGCGACAGCGGUACGAAACCCGGCUGGUGGAGGUGGAUUCUGGCCGGAAGGAGGAGUACGAAUACAAACUGACCCAGGCCCUGGCUGACAUGAGGGCUCAGAACGAGGAGCAGAUCAACAUCUAUAAAGACAACAUGGAGAGCACCUAUAAAACCAAACUAGAAGACUUGCAUCGUUUUUCUGAGAUGAACGGGGCAUCAGCCAGCAUGGCCAGAGAGGAGCUCAGAGAGGCCAGUCUGAGGAUGGAGAGCCUGACGGCCCAGCUGGCAGCGCUGCAGAAAGAGACUCGUGGAUGGCGGGAUCGUAUCUCUGAGCUGGAAGCAGCUCUGUCUCAGGAGAAGGACACGAGUCGCCGGCUGCUGGCAGACAAAGACCGAGAGGUGGCUGAUAUCCAGGCCAAAAUGCAGCAGCAGCUGAACGAGUACGAGCAGCUGCUGGACGUGAAGCUGGCCCUGGACAUGGAGAUCAAUGCAUACCGCAAACUCCUGGAGGGAGAGGAGGAAAGACUGAAGCUGUCUCCCAACCCCUCGUCCCGCGUCACCGUGUCCCGAGCCUCGUCCAGCAGUCGCAGCGUGAGGACCACUCUGGGAAAGAGGAAGCGCAUCGAUGUGGAGGAACAGGAAGCCAGCAGCUCUGUGUCCAUUGCUCACUCUGCUUCAGCCACAGGGCCCAUCUGCAUCGAUGAGGUUGACACCGAUGGGAAGUUUAUCUGCCUCCACAACAGUGGAGACGAGGACCAGGCCAUGGUGGGCUAUGAAAUGACCAAGACCAUCGGAAAUGCCACAGCCACCUACAAAUUCACACCAAAAUAUGUCCUAAAGGCCGGACAGAAAGUCAUGGUCUGGGCCUCUGAUGCUGGAGUGAGCUCCAAACCUCCUACAGACCUGGUCUGGAAGAAUCAGUCCUCCUGGGGUUCAGGGGAGGACGUCAGCGUGGUGCUGAUGAACCCACAAGGAGAGGAGGUGGCAAAGAGAACUACCACAUACAGAACAACAGCAGAGGAGGAAGAGGAAGAUGAAGAAGAUGGAGUCGAGGCUGUUGAGGAAGAGCUCCUGCAACAGGAGGGAGACCCUCGGGCUGCCAAUAGAGGCUGUUCCAUCAUGUGAUCCACCUGCACCAACCAGCCUCCACCUUUGAGCCCAGCCAGUCUGCUGCCAACUAUAGGACUAUUUUUCUAUCUUUUCUAGUUUAUCUCUGAGCAGUGUUUGGUUUUAUUUCUUUUAUGUCAUGAAAACAGCUUUUAGGUGAAACUUUCAUCUGGAAAAAACCAAAAUGUGUUUAUUGAGAAAACUGUUUUUGGUCCUGAAGCUAAACAUGAGUCUUAAAAUGACUCGUCACUUUUUAAACUUUAAUUUGAAAUUUUUGUACUUGGUUUGAUAUUAACAUAAUUAUUCUGUUAUUAUUGAUGCAACAUUUUAGGCCUUUCCAGAAGCAGAAGAAACCUCUGUGUUGGUUAGUUUAGGUUCGAGCUAGUUUAAAGACAUGAAUCCUCCUGAUGAUGGUCAUAGACUUGAGGAAGAAGCCAUGGCUUUGUGAUUGUAUCUGGACGCUUCGGUGACCCGUCAAAGAUCAGACCCGAGACACUACAGAAAAAUUAAAUUGCUGAUUGUAUUAAAUUUUGAUAUUUGAAGUGUUUGAAGUAAGUUGUGUUGGUAUUGCUAUGCAUGCUUUAGUUGUAAGUAACCUUCAUAGUUGAAUAAUUAAAUGUUUUCUUGUA